UUUAAUCUUAGUUAGCAUUGAUGUCAAUCACAUGGAAAUAAAGUAGUCCGUGAAGCUUUUAACCUAAUAAGUGUGACACAAAUUUAGAUAAAACAUUAUUUGAACAGUUGUAGGGCAACAUGAAUUUCGUGAUAAACAGCAUUUGCCAAAAGUUGGCUAUAAAAGGGGCAGGCGUCGCUUCACUUGGCAUAGAAAUUAACUAACCAAUUAACUUAAUCAACAUGAUUGCCAACAAAUUCCUCAUCAUGAGCAUGGCUCUGUUUGCUUUGAUCCUUGUCGCUUCUGCCGAGGAUAGCGGAGAGCAGAUCGCGGAUCGUCGCUUCCGCUGGUUUGGAUCCAACGAACAGGAGGAGGAGCAGGACGUCGAUGAUGAUGGUGAUAUUGAAGAGGAAGACGAUGUGGAAGAAGAAGAGGAAGAGCCAGUAGAAGACGCAGACAGCCUAGAGGCAACAGAAGAGGACCAAGAGGAAGACGAAGACGCAGAGCCACUUGAUAGCGAAAGCUCAGAGGACAGCGCUUAAAU